AUGUCGCCGCCGUCGCUCUGCGCCGCGCCUCCCCGCGCCGGCUCGCCCCCGCCCCCUCUCCUGCGCCUCCGCCGCCGCGCGGCCUCCUCCGUCUCCGUCGCCGCGUCGCGCGCGGCGGCCCCGUCCGUCUCCGACGACCUGGUCCUCCGCAUCGCCGAGCAGCUGGAGGACUCGGCGCCCGCCUCGCCGCUGCUCGACCCGCUCCGCUCCGCCUCCGCGCUCUCCCUCCUCACCACGCCCUGGCCCACCCGCCGCUCCAACGAGGCCUUCCGCUUCACCGACAUCUCCUACCUCCGCUCCCUCCCCAUCUCGACGCCCACCCGGACCCCCGGCCUCGCGCCGCCACCGCCCUCCUCCGACCUGGAAUCGCACGUCCUCUUCUCCGACGGCCGCCUCGUCGCCGCCUCCGGCGCCCACGUCUCCGCCCUCGCGGACAUGCCCCCCGGCCACGCCCGGGACCGGGCGGCCGCCGCCGUCGCCGCCUCCGCGCGGUUCUCCCACCGGGACAUCUUCUACGACUUCAACGCCGUCGGCGCGAGCGACGUCGCCGUGGUGUACGUGCCCGAGUGGGCCAAGAUGGCCGACGACCCCGUCCACAUCAUGUUCGCCUACAGCGGCAGCGACGGCGCUAGCCUGAUGAUGUCGAACCCCAGGGUUCUGGUGAUAGCGGAGAAGGGGGCGGAGGUCGCCAUCGUCGAGGAGCAUUUCGGGGUCGGGGAAGAGGACGGUGGCUGCUAUUGGGCCAACCCGGUGGUGGACAUCAUAGUGGAAGAGGGUGCCAGAGUGGUUCAUUCCUAUGUGCAGCGACAGUCACCCGCUGCGGCGCAUACCAAGUGGACCACCGUCCAGCAGAAUACAUCUAGUAAAUAUGAGUUCGUUGAGGUCAGCACCGGAGCAAGACUGAACAGGCACAAUCUUCACAUCCAGCAACUGGGUCCUGAGACAGAAACGGAAUUAUCAACGUUUCACUUAACAUCUCAGAAUAAGCAGAUUCAUGAUCUGCAUAGCAGACUAAUACUUGAUCACCCCAGAGGUUUUUCACGACAGCUCCACAAAUUGAUUGCUUGUGGUACAGGAAAUGGUAUUUUUGAUGGAAAUAUUCAAGUCAACAGGUAUGCGCAGCAAACCGAUGCAGGGCAGCAAACCAAGUGUCUUCUGCUCUCACCAAAGGCUGUGGUGAAUGUGAAGCCAAACCUUCAGAUCAUCGCCGACGAUGUCAAAUGCACGCACGGAGCUGCCAUCAGCGGGGACCUCGACCCGAACGAGCUCUUCUACUUCCAGGCGAGAGGCGUCGACGCCAAAACGGCGACCGACGCCCUGCUUUUCUCGUUCGGAGCCCAGGUGAUAAACCGCAUCCCGUUUAAGGCCGUCGAGAAGAAGGCUCUAGCACAGCUCAAGGAGUUGCUCGCCGUGUCAAGACAAAACAAUUGA